UGCAUAUUGUGGGCGUGUUCCUGACUCAGUGUUGGGAUGAAUGACUCUGUUCAGUUCAGAAGGCGACAAGACAGCAACGAACUCUGCAGAGGCUAUGUGCUACUGCGACGCUGAUCAACUCGGCACACGACAAAAACCUCUGAUGCGUUUAGCUCCGGGCUCUCCGCUCCGGUCUGUAGGUCAAACCACGUCGAGCCAGGUGGAAUAAACAUGUACAACAAAACAGGACCGGGACUUAGCUCGAGAGGAGUACUGUGGGGUUUGUGUAUACUCCUCCUUUACACCAGCCCCCUCUGCUGUUUUGCUAAUUUCAGCCAAGCCAAAGAGCUGGUCUAUAAGAUAAAAGAAGGAUUACCGUCGGGGACACUGAUCGGAUCCAUGGGCUCUGACUUACACUUGGAUUUAUCCCUCGAUCCCCAUGUUUUAUUCAAUCUGCCCCAGAAGAAGCCCAGUGAUCAGUAUGUCACUCUGAACAGCACUACGGGACAGCUGUUUACGUCUGGGAAUGAGAUCGACAGGGAGACGCUCUGCCCCGACUCCUCGGAGUACGACCAGGGCUGCGUCCUCUCCCUGGAUGUGUUUGUUCUACCCCAGCAGUAUUUCCAGCUGAUUAAGGUCAAAAUCUUGGUCGAGGACGUCAACGAUAAUCGUCCGCGCUUCCCGACGGGCGAGAUUCGGGUUUCCGUCCCGGAGAACACCCAGGUCAACGCGAGGUUCGCGGUGGAGCAGUCAGCGACCGACCCCGAUCUGGGGUUUCACGGGGUUCAGACUUACUGGCUGGUCAACGACUUUGGGGUGUUCACUCUGGACGUAGAGGAGAACGAGGGGGGUGAGCUGACACCCUUCCUCAUCGUGACCGACGAGCUGGACCGGGAACGACAGGAGGAAUACGUAACGGAUAUUAUAGCAGAGGACGGUGGGCUACCACCUCUCCUUGGCACCGCCACGUUGAGGAUUAUAAUCACUGAUGUCAACGAUAACUGUCCUCAGUUCACAGAGUCACAGGUCAACGUGACGCUCUACGGGAAUACGACUAAAGGAAAGCACCUGUCCAGGUUACACGCCUUCGACCCCGACCAGGGCGCCAACGCCGUGAUCAGCUAUGCGUACAGCGACCGCGUUCCCCGGGAGGCUAGAGCCCUGUUCCAUCUGGACCGGAUUACCGGGGUGAUCAAACUGGCCGGUCAGAUCAACACCGCAACCGGGACGUUCUACAAACUCACCGUCCUCGCCAACGGGCCUGGUUGCGUCCCUGCCGUCGCCACGGUGACGGUGCACGUGAUCCGGGUAGCUUCCGGUCCGCCUGUCAUUACGCCGCGCUACAUCGCGGCGGAGAAAGACGGCGUGGUCACGAUGAAGGAGUCCGAACCUCCGUUUUCCCCAAUCGCGUUUUUCACCGUGUCGAACACGGACCAGAGAGGACAAGGGACGGAAUGUCUACUUGAAGGAUUCGGCCCGUUCCGACUGACACCUUACAAACGGUUGAAGAACGAGUAUCUGUUAGAGACGACGGAGCCGCUGGACCACGAGCAGAGGCAGGACUACGAGCUGACCGUAGUGCUCAGGAACCCCAGAGGUCUCGCCAUUAAGACCUUCGUUAAGAUCCUGGUUCUGGAUGAGAACGACAACGCGCCGGUCUUCAAACAGUCUCUGUAUGAGGUCUCUGUGGAGGAGAACAACCCUCCCAACAGCUUCCUGACCCAGCUCCAGGCCACAGACCAGGACAGCGAGGCCAGAGGAGAGGUCAUCUACACGCUGGGGUCAGACGCUCCCUCCAUUUUCCUCCUGGAGAGGCUGACCGGCGUGCUGACCGUGUCCACAUCUCUGGACCGAGAAGAGAAGCAGACCUACAGGUUCAUGGUUCGGGCGGUGGACCGAGGGACCCCCAGGAGAGAGUCUAUAGCUACAGUGGUCAUCACUGUGCUGGACCGCAAUGACAACAGCCCGCGCUUCAUCAACAAAGACUUCACAUUCUUUGUGCCGGAGAAUUUCCCGGGUUUUGGCGAGAUCGGCGUCCUCUCGGUAACUGACGCGGACGCAGGUGAGAACGGAUGGGUGGCCCUCUCCAUCCUCAAUGGCAGCGACAUCUUCGUGAUCGACGCGGGGCGCGGCGCUCUCAGGGCCCGUACCCCUCUGGACCGGGAGCAACAGGGGACGUACUACCUCUGGAUCGAGGCAGUCGACGGAGGGGAACCCUCUCUCUCCUGCCUCACCGUGGUUACCGUCCUCCUCCUCGACGUAAACGACAACCCUCCCGUCGUCUUGUUCCCCCAGUCUAACCAAUCCUACAUGCUGGUGUUACCUAGCACCCUACCAGGGACCUCCAUCACAGAGGUUUACGCCGUGGAUAAAGACACGGGAAUGAACGCCGUUAUCGCCUACAGCAUCAUCAAGAGGAAGGGUGGCGAGCCGGGGUCGUUUGAUAUCGACCCGGACACAGGGAACAUCACGUUGAAGAGAGAACUGAGUGACCGCGGUCUCUACAGUCUACUGGUUAAAGUCUCGGACCACGGUCAACCCGAACCUCUCCACUCCACGGUCCUGGUCAACCUCUUCGUCAACGAGACGGUUUCUAACGAGAGCUACAUCCGGAGUCUUCUCACCGGGGAGGAGGCUGAGAUCCAGAUGGAGGAGAAGCAGUGGUACGUGGGUAAACUGACAGAGAGGCCCGGCAGGGAGGACCUGUUCCCCUGUCAGCCGCUACUCAUAGCUCUGUCAGUGACCUGUCUGGGACUGUUCUGCAUCGUCGUCACAUUGACUGCUUAUGUCAGCUGCAAGAAACUGAAGAAAUGGAGGAAACGUCAAACGAAAAGACUAGAGGUUGAAAUGCCUUUGAAGGUGAACGGUGACGACGCAGAUAGAAAGCGGACGGAAAUCGCAAACAUUUGACGACGUCGACAUUUGCAAAGACUUUGAGGCAAAGACUCCCAACCUACAAAACUGCAAACUGUUUAUAGACAAUGUGAAUUGUGAAGUGUAGAUUUUCAUCCUCAAAAAGACAAAAAGGCCCGGAUCCCAAAGUGCACCCCCCUUUUGCCUAUUUAGUGCACUAUUUUUAAAUCAAGGGCCCAUGGUGGUGCACUAUAUAGGAAUUAGGGCGCCGUUUGUGACACGGCCUCGUUUUAAAAACGUAUUAAAAGACCCAACGUGAUGUAUAUAUUGUAGAUAAUAUGAAAUGUUUUAUAACUUUAUAACAAAAUCUUUAAAUAGACAAGAUUAUUUUAUUUUAUUUAUUUUUCAAGAAAGCCCUGAGAAAUUACUCCUUAAACUUACAAAUUUAUAAAAUGGGAGAGAUUCUAUUUUUAUUUUUUUUCACAAGGAUGUCAAGAUCAUUGGAAAGGGAUGAGGAUCAUUUGGUGUGUAUAACAAUAUUGAUUGAUUGAUUGAUUGAUAUAACAAUGUGUUUUUUCACACCCCUUACGAUUGCAUUGGAAAAGCUGACCCCCAGAGUGCAGUGCAGAAGUCAAUUAAAAUCAAUUAAAUUAAAUUAAAGUCAAUUAAAAUCUA